AUGGCCUCCGAAACAUCAGGCCCGGCAAGGGCUCGUGGCCGAAAUCGAGACACACCGAGACACAGACAAUGGACGCUCAGGAAUGCAUCAAUAGCCGCGUUAGCAGCGCUCGUGGGUUCCGCUUCAGCUCAAAAUUCGGAAAGCUGCAUUUCUCUCAAGGGCUCGACAACAUGCCCAGCCUUCCAAGCUGCUUCUAUAUCCACAGACCAGUCACUAAUCGAUACAUUCUCAUUCUUGAAGUAUGUCUCCGAUUUGGAGACGUUCGACACCCAGUUGUCCAGCUUCGUCAAGACUACAUAUCUCCAAGACAAAUUCCAGUUAACAUUUGGCUGCCACAACAUUAAUUAUACGAACCCUAGCGACAUGUACGCGCGCUACACGACUACAGUCCUUUGCAGCUCCAUUGUUCAAGCAUCCGCGGCGGGCUGCGGCGUCUCUGAGAAAAACUCGCAGCCUAUUUGCGCCGAAACCUGUGCCGAGUAUGCGCAAAGCGAAGCUUACAUCACCGCCGACACAGCUCUCUGUGGCAACCCUAACAGCGACCUCAACAAACUGAUUCGUGCCGACUUUACUGUCUGUUCCAACCCGGAACAGGCGCUCUCUAGCAGCUGCGUCGUUGGCUCAGACAAUGAGCCGGAUAACUGUGGGUUUGGUAACAGCACCGUCGGUCUCUGCUCAUACUGCGGUGCCGGAGGCAUCAAUUCCACAGAUACCUGCUGCUACAGCUCCAAUGCCGAAAAGCUAUGCAAAGGGGUUAAGCUUCCUGAUAUUACCGUGACCUUUACAGCACCCGUGCCUACUGCUACAGCGACGAGUUCUUCAGUCCCGGUUUCUGGCGGUGGUAGCCAUCUUAGUGGCGGUGCUAUUGCAGGCAUUGUUAUCGGCUCUCUUGCAGGAGUUAUAAUUCUUGCCGCCCUUCUAUUCUUCUGUAUUAGAAUGAUGAGGCGCAGACGCGGCAGCAACAGCCAGACCGGCAGCAUUUUCAACCAGCCCCAGCCUGCCCGUAAAGGACCACCCAUGAGCCAGGGCAGCGCAGCGCCUCCACGAGGAUACGAAAUUCUUCCCGGUGGCCGCAUUGCGCGCAUGUCUGCCUUGGAAGGACAUUCCGGCGAUUCGCCCUCCCGCCACGGUAGCUCUCCUUCUGCUCGUGCUGUUCCUUACGCCGCCAAGUCUUCGGAUCGGAUGUCUUCAUCUGAUUUUGGUGAUACUCCCGAGCCCGAAACCCCAUAUAGAGGACUUCGUGGGCCCCCCGCUACUUCGAGACGACAAGGCUCUUUAUCCAGCAACUCAAUGCUUGGGAGCGACGUGCCCGGCAGCCCCAUUGGUUUCUCAUCUCCGAAUGCCUUGGCAAGUCAGCAGUCCGAGCAGCUGCCUUUCUUCAAAGAUUAUUACUCGCAAGACGACAUUCACCCCCACGACAAAGUUGCGGUUCUGUGGGCUUACCAGCCAAGGGCCCCUGAUGAAUUUGCCCUGGAGCGCGGAGAUAUGCUCAAAGUUGUGGGUAUUUGGGAUGACGGUUGGGCGACGGGCCUCAUGGUCGAUGAACGAGCGGAGGAAUGGGAAGCGCGAAGGCAGGCGCAGAGAGAUAGCGGCGUAUCGAGCACAUCCGGCCCUAGAGACAGCUCGCCACAGGGCCACGGCGAGCUAAAGGCAUUCCCUCUAGUAUGCGUCUGCCUCCCAGAACACUGGAGGAAGACUAUUGAAGGAGACGGCUCAACAGACACAGGAGCAAGUGGUCAUCUCAGCGCCUCACGUGUUUGA